UUUCUCUCUCUGAAAUCCACUCACCUCACUGUCCAUACAUAUUUACAAAAAACAUGAUGCAAACCAACUUUGCAUCUCCCGCGCUCUCUUUUCUUCCAAAUCUCUCUACUGUUCUCUGCGCCAUACAGACCUAUGCACAACGCACACGCAAACUCGUAUAAGUUUGAAGACGAGAAAAUGGAAUAUCACCACUCUCACCGUCAAGACAUCGUUCCUCCACCUUCUCCACCGUCAUCAUCUAUCACGGACGAUGAAAAGCUAAAUGUCGCACCGUUAUUCGAUGAACAUACGACCGGCCAUCUUCUGAGCUCUGUCGGCAACGUCGAGCAAGCACAACAUCACCUCAAGGCUCAGCGUGGUGCCUUUCUACGCACUGUCUCAGACCCGGCUCCACAACUGCAACAGCAACGUCCGUACCCGCAAGCGCUCAUGGAUAUCCAUCGCUUGGCAAUCGAAGCGUUGCAGAAAUUGUAUGCUGACGAAUGUCAUAGAAACGGGUAUCUGGAGGAGCAGGCCCAUAAGGCCAAUGAAAAAAUAAUGAAGCAGGAGGUGUCACGCCAUAAACGAGUUCGCAAACAAGAGCAAAAACAGUGGCAACGAGUGUACGGAUUGGCUGAUACAGUACGAGACGUGUCGUGUCCUACAGACAGAAACUUAGCACCACCUACCCCCACUUCUCCCGAAGAGCUACAAUCGCACUUGCGUCAUAUCCUUGCCAAUAUCACUACAGUACAUCACCAUGCUCCCGCAACAGGCUCCUUAGUAGUAGAUUUACAAGAACAAGAUCCGUAUCUUUAUUAAAUUUGAUUACCCUUGUCGAUUUAUACUAUGUUGUUAUUAAACACACUGUUCGCUGAAUCGCAGGUCUGAUUCAUCGCCUAACCACUCCAUCCAACGGCGUAGGAACCCACCAUCCAGCCUGCU